AUGGCCAACGAGAACUCUCGAGAACUCGAAAAUGGCGACCAUACGACGAAAAGUGAGGAGAGUUUGCUGGAGGCCGAGGGGAAAACGGUAGAAGAUAACGAUGGAUUGAAGGGAAAAGAAAUGGCGUCAGUGGAGAUGGUAUUCAGGGACACGAUGGUGCCAUCGUGGAAGGGGCAAUUGACGGUGAGGGCGUUUGUGGUGAGCGGGGUGUUGGGCAUCGUGUUUAGUUUUAUCGUGAUGAAACUCAAUUUGACGACCGGGAUCAUCCCUUCGCUUAAUGUGGCUGCGGGUUUACUAGGAUUUUUCUUUGUUAAGACGUGGACCAAGGCGUUGGAGCAGUGCGGAUUAUUGAAGCAGCCGUUUACGAGGCAGGAGAAUACUGUUAUUCAGACGUGUGUUGUUGCCACUUCAGGAAUCGCGUUUAGUGGAGGAUUUGGGAGUUACCUAUUUGGAAUGAGUGAUACUAUCGCUGAUCAGUCAUCGGACGCAAACUCGCCACUGCGAGAUAUGAAUAUCAAGAACCCGAGCUUGAGUUGGAUGAUCGGUUUUCUAUUCAUCGUUAGCUUCAUCGGCCUUUGCUCUGUCGUUCCUCUUCGAAAGAUAAUGAUCAUUGACUUCAAGUUGACCUACCCUAGUGGAACUGCAACUGCUCACCUCAUUAACAGCUUCCACACACCCCAGGGUGCCAAGCUUGCCAAGAAACAAGUGAGUGCAUUAGCCAAGUUCUUCUCCUUCAGCUUCUUGUGGAGUUUCUUCCAAUGGUUCUUUGCUUCUGGUGAUGACUGUGGCUUUGAAAACUUCCCCACUUUUGGCCUCAAAGCUUACCAGAACAUGUUUUUCUUCGAUUUCUCAACCAUGUAUGUUGGGGUAGGGAUGAUAUGUCCGUACCUUAUAAACGUCUCUUUGUUGCUUGGUGCAAUCCUUUCAUGGGGGAUCAUGUGGCCUCUCAUUGAAAAGAAAGAAGGUGACUGGUAUAAAGCUGGUCUCAAGCCCAAUAACUUCCAUGGCAUCCAAGGUUACAGGGUUUUCACCGCCAUAGCAAUGAUCAUCGGUGAUGGACUCUACAACUUCGGUAAAGUUCUCGGGAAAACUGGGAUCGGGCUGUAUUAUCAGUUUAAGAACAAAGGUUUGCGUACGGUUCUUCCGGUGGCUGCGGAUGGUUCGACCCCGGAUGGUGCGGUUACUUCUUUUGAUGACCAACGUAGGAAGCAAGUCUUUCUUAAGGACCAGAUACCGACAUGGCUAGCCGCUGGCGGAUACGUCGCGAUAGCUGCAGUUGCCACGACCGUGCUCCCUAAAAUAUUCCCGCAACUCGAAUGGUACUACGUGCUCGUGAUUUACUUUUUUGCACCCGCAUUAGCGUUCUGUAACGCUUACGGGUGCGGCCUUACUGAUUGGUCGCUCGCGUCGACCUACGGGAAGUUGGCGAUUUUUGUUAUCGGGGCGUGGGCCGGGAAGUCUCAAGGUGGUGUCUUGGCGGGGCUUGCCGCUUGUGGUGUGAUGAUGAACAUAGUGUCCACGGCUUCGGAUCUAAUGCAGGAUUUCAAGACCGGUUACAUGACCCUGGCUUCACCCCGGUCCAUGUUCGUGAGCCAAGUGAUCGGAACCGCUAUGGGCUGCAUCAUCGCACCGUGUGUGUUCUGGAUCUUUUACAGUGCUUUCCCUGAUCUCGGCACUCAAGGGUCGGAAUACCCUGCACCAUACGCGGUCGUGUACCGAAACCUUUCUAUUUUGGGUGUCGAAGGAUUCGACUCGCUCCCAAAGCAUUGUUUGUCGCUUUGCUACGGGUUUUUCGCGGCUGCGAUCCUUAUAAACAUCGCCAGAGACACUGCUCCCAAGAAAUGGGCGCGGUUUAUCCCGAUUCCAAUGGCGAUAGCGAUUCCGUUCUACAUCGGAACGUCAUUCGCCAUCGACAUGUGCGUUGGUAGCUUGAUACUGUUCAUAUGGGAGAAGAGGAAUAAAGUAGAAGCCGAUGCUUUUGGACCAGCGGUGGCUUCUGGUUUGAUCUGUGGCGAAGGGCUCUGGUCCGUCCCCAAAUCCAUACUGGCUUUGGUGAAGAUGAGCCCUCCGAUUUGCAUGAAGUUUCUAUCAAAGGGCACGAAUAUAAAGGUCGAUGAUUUUAUAUCGACACUAAGUCGUUAGAUAAAUCUU